CGAGGCACUAAGGCCACCUUGAAAUAGCAGCGGUCUCUUGCUGAACACUAGUCGGUUUGUGAGCAGUGAGCCCGGUGCCUAGGGGGGCUAUUGGAUCGACGCAAACGGGCCGUACGGCGGGUUUUCAUAAGUAGCUCCCCGUCUUCGAAGGACGUCGCUACGGAGCAUCAAGGUGCAAGCGAGUCAGUCUGAAGGAGCCGGCAACUGACUGCCAUCCGUACACCAACAUACCUGCCCCACGGACGGUCGGCAUCCCUUAAUCUUACGAACAUGACCUGACUGUUUCCUGCCAAAUUUCUCAACUGCUUUGCGCCAACCGAGCAUAUGAUAUAAUAAUUGUUAAAUAAUAAAUGAAAAUACUUGAGAACGAGUAAACAAACAAGUUAAAUUUAAACACACUCGGGAUACCUAUAUGUGUGUGUGUUUAUUUUAUGGCACGUGUGAAAAGAUCGUGCGAAUCGUUAUUUCGAAUUAUAUUAUGCAUUUGGAGAAGAGAAAAGGGGCAUAAAUUCGACACGUAAUUAUCUUAUACUAACCGCAGUAUUUUUUCGUACUAUUGCCAACUGAUUUCGGUACUAAUCGCGAUAGUUUUUUACAUCGGACGAGGCGUGAAGUCGACGAACGAGGAUGUGUGUGAAAGAAACGCGGUUUCAAAUUGUCUUCGCAAUUAUCCUGCGGUAUGUUUAAGGACGUGAUCUAAUUUCCGGUAUUUCAUUUCGAAAUAAACCAAUUUGAGGCUCAACUUUGACAGCGGUGUGCUGUUAAGAACGAAAAAGAUGACGGAGGGCACGAAGUUUCUAGCAACACUUCUGCUAUUGUGCAAUGUUGUUAUCCUGACUAUUGGAAGCCCCGUUUUCAUGCCGCAAUUUCUUCCUGGAGGUGCGGGCAGACACAUCAGGCACUUACCAUGUGUUUCAAGGAAAAGUGGAGAACAAGGAGUCUGCAUGUUUGCGAUUACGUGUGCAAAAGCUAAUGGAACGCAUUUGGGAACUUGCAUAGACCGUUUCUAUUUCGGAAGCUGCUGUAAGAUGAAUAAAGAACCGGAAAUCUUCCCUGACGACAACAGGAUCGACGAAUAUGGCCCGAAUAAUCCCUUUAUUACCAAUCAUGAGUCCAUAGACAGCAAUAACAUACAGGAAUACUCACCAAAACCGUCUCAUACGCCUACUAGAAUCAUUGAAGCUCCGGUCAAGACAACACCGACUUCGAUCAUCACCGAGAAACCUAUAAAAAUUGCUGAUAAAUUGCCCGUGGCAACAACACACGCACCAAUUUCAGAACCCGUGAAAUUUACUCCAAGACCAACUAUGAAAUAUACACCAAAGCCAGUCCCAGAGUCCACAACUGAGUCCCUGGGCUUAUCCACCUUCCAAACAGUUGAAAACAGUCCGGCCAGAAGACCGACCACAAAGUAUCCUCAGAAAAUAACGACAGUUGCACCAGCAACAACUCAUUCGAAACCACGUCCUUCUAGCAAUAGACCAACUUCUUCUGUGAAACCCAACCAGAAGCCAAGUACUUCAAACAGUACGAAAAUUGGAACAAACACAACCGCCAGACCAUCGGUAUAUAAACCGCAAAACGGGGGGUCGACACCGACUGAAACGACAACUACGACGGUAAAACCAAUUUUGACUACGACUCAGAGGUCUACCGUCAGUGCGACUAGGUUCCCUCCUCGAAAUGCCACCACAACGACGACGACAACUAGGCCGACGAGACCGACGCCCGUCAGAAGACCGACUUCGACGACCACUAAACGACCUGCUAGUACACCGCCUAAAAGAGUUACCACAACAUCGACAACUCCGAAGACACCGGUCACUAAGCGACCAACGACGGUAUUAGGAAUAAAAAAUGUUACCGCCACUUUGCCAUCGACGGUGAGCAUUCCUGUUGGUGGUCAGAAGCCGACUACACCGGGGAAGCGGCCGUCGGUAGCAGUACAGAGUAGGCCGACAGCAGCAACCACCAUCAGCCUCAACAGGCGGCCGACGACACCAUCCAGUAAACCAGCAUCAUCUUCAGUGUCAAAUAAACCAACGGCUACUUCCCCUAAGCCACCGUCCACUAGACCAAGACCAAAACCAACCACCCAAAUACCUGAAUUCCCAACAACUAAGGUUCCGCUGCAAAAACCAGCCCCGACGAUCGUCGCUACUACAUCUACCACCACCACCACCACUACCACUACCACCACCAAGAGACCCAUUGCUUCUUCAUCUCGACCGAGACCAACACUGUCGACGGUGGCUCCUUUAGACACGGCCAGUAUUAGCAACGAUGUCAUUUCGUUAGAAGAUACAACGAAUGAAGUUCCAAGCCUCAACACCAACAAGGUGGAAACCACCACCUAUUCGCCAGGUCUGGUAACUUGGACGUCAAACUCGGAUGAUGCUACUACCAGAUCCCCAGUGAUUCCAACCGUUGUAACGGAACCAGAAGAACCAACAAAUACCGAAUGGACGCCAAUUACGACUCCGGAUGGUUGGAUACUGAUCCAUUCUCCAGCGCCGAGCGAUCCCCCGGAAAUUGAAGAUAAACCAACUGCGAAACCAACUCCAAAGCCAAUAACGUCGUCUCCCGUUACUGAUAAUCCAGUGACAGUGCCAACUUCCACAACGAAGCGAUCACCGACAAGACCUUCUCUGCCGACGGUCGCUACGACACCCUCAACAACCGACAACUAUAUACCGACUGUAGAGUUGAACACGUCCGACUACAAGCAAGUAUGCGGCAGACGGUUCUUCCCAGAGUCAAGGAUCGUUGGCGGCGCCAAGAGUACCUUCGGAAAAUGGCCCUGGCAGAUAUCAUUAAGACAGUGGCGGACAUCAACCUAUUUGCACAAAUGCGGAGCAGCCUUACUGAAUGAGAACUGGGCUAUAACAGCGGCUCACUGCGUCGAGAAUGUAGCUCCGAGCGAUUUAUUGCUCCGGCUGGGUGAACAUGACCUGGAAAGCGAAGAUGAACCCUACGGCUUCCAGGAACGACGGGUGCAGAUUGUCGCAAGCCAUCCACAGUUCGACCCUCGUACCUUCGAGUAUGACCUCGCUCUUCUGCGCUUCUACGAACCUCUGUUACCAUUCCAGCCGAACACUGUUCCCAUUUGUUUGCCUGACGAUGACGCAAACUACGUUGGACUCAUGGCACACGUCACUGGCUGGGGGCGACUAUAUGAAGGUAUAGAUGGGCCACUUCCGUCAGUUAUGCAAGAAGUUUCAGUGCCUGUGAUUAACAACACUGUUUGCGAAGCAAUGUACAGAAGUGCUGGUUACAUCGAGCACAUACCGAACAUAUUCAUUUGUGCCGGCUGGAGGAAAGGAGGCUUCGAUUCCUGCGAGGGCGAUAGCGGAGGCCCAUUAGUGAUUCAAAGGCCUAGGGACAGACGAUGGAUCCUCGCAGGUGUGAUAAGCUGGGGAAUCGGGUGUGCCGAGCCAAAUCAGCCGGGUGUAUACACGCGGAUUUCGGAAUUCCGAGAAUGGAUCAACCAGAUUCUUCAGUUCUAGUGGAAUUGGAUACGCACGACGAAAUCGUCGAGUCAUUAUUUAGUGCAUGCGGUGGAAAUUAAUUAACGUGCAUGCUAACGCCACCAGUUUACGAUGCCGGAAAAUGGCUGUCGAGAUAUUGGCUGAACGUACGUGCACCGCUUGAAGAUAUCAGUCAGGAUAAUUAUUAUCCGUAUCGGUGUCGAAAAUUAGUUCGCCGGUGUUGACGUUUAAAUCACGGCUCCUCAAAGGUGAACGAUUAGUUCUUAGUCGGAAGAGGAGUCGAACUAAUUACCAGUUAUGAACGAACAUUCUAAGAAUGCGAAUUGGACAUGAAUAAUUUCAUUGAACGCGGUCACAUAUGUCUAAUUUAAAUACUUAAUUAUAAUCGAUAUAUACAAACUUUGUCGAUCAAGAAAUGCUUACAUCUAUACACUCCCGUUAUACUCUUAUUUAUAUAUUUAUAGGCCAUAGUAAUGAUUAACCGAGUUUGCAGACUGUCUGAUGAAAAAGUUUGCAGGUAUGUCAAUUUCCGAUGAUUUAAAACAAGUUAAGAUAUACUCGGGCGAAGACGUUUAUCGGAUGCUCUGCUGGCUCCUCCAGGAUCUCUUAUACACAAACAUACGUACUUUUUUACGCACGAAGGACUCGGAGAGCGGCUUCUUCUGACUUUCUGAAGUACCUUAAAUGUCUUUAUCCAUACACCUUGUUAUACACGUACUCACAAGCCAUUUGGUGACCGAGGGAGGUUCAAAGAAUACCUUGAAUCUCCGGAAAUAUCACUUAAUUUAAGUUCCAAUUUUAUUUAUACCUUUCUCUUCGUAUUAAAUAAUUUAUUUUGUAACUGACCUAUUCUUACCUAGGAUAUUACAUGCGAUAUAUCCUUCUUUCUGUAAAUAUAAAACUUGAAAUAAUGGUGCGCUGUGUAUUUCAAUGUCUUAUCGAUAUAUAGAAUUUUAUACCGUUCGUGACUUAGUUAUUAAACGAAAUUUGUAUAAAUUA